UGGCCUCUCUUGAUGAACUGGAAAUCAAGAACAAGGGUGACCAGGACAUAAUCCCCACAAUGGAGAAGCCUUAUAAAUAUCUUGAAAGUGGAAAAAGUUUCCAUUCCACUUCAGAUCAAAGAAAUCCCACUGGGAAGAAACCCUAUCAGUGCAUGGAAUGUGGAAAGAGCUUCAAUCAUAGCUCCCAUCUCACUUCCCAUCAAAUAAUUCAUACAGGGGAGAAACCCUAUCAGUGUAUGGAAUGUGGAAAGAGCUUCAGUAGCAGGUCCUCUCUGAGUUCCCAUCAGAGAAUUCAUACAGGAGAGAAACCCUAUAAAUGUGCGGAAUGUGGAAAGAGCUUUCGUAAGAGCCACCAUCUCACUUCUCAUCAAAGAAUCCAUACAGGGGAAAAACCCUAUCAGUGUGUGGAAUGUGGAAAGAGCUUCAGUAUGAGCUCGAAUCUCACUUCCCAUCAAAUAAUUCAUACAGGGGAGAAACCAUAUCAGUGCGUAGACUGUGGGAAGAGCUUCAGUCACAACUCGUCUUUCACUUCCCAUCAAAGAAUUCAUACAGGGGAGAAACCCUAUCAGUGUGUGGAAUGUGGAAAGAACUUCAGAAGGAGCUCCCACCUCACUGACCAUCAAAGAAUUCAUACAGGGGAGAAACCCUUUCAGUGCAUGGAAUGUGGAAAGAGAUUCUGUUGGAGGACCGAUCUCAGUUCCCAUCAAAGAAUCCAUACAGGGGAUAAACCAUACAAUUGCUUGGAAUGUGGAAAGAGCUUCAGUCACAAUUCCUCUCUUACUUCCCAUCAAAGAAUUCAUAGGGGGAAGAAACCCUAUCAGUGCGUGGAAUGUGGAAAGAGAUUCUGUCGGAGCACCGAUCUCACUUUACAUCAAAGAAUUCAUACAGGGGAGAAACCCUAUCAGUGCGUGGAAUGUGGAAAGAGAUUCUGUCGGAGCACCGAUCUCACUUUACAUCAAAGAAUUCAUACAGGGGAGAAACCCUAUCAGUGUGUGGAAUGUGGAAAAAACUUCAGUACAAGCUCCAAUCUCACUUCCCAUCAAAGAAUUCAUACAGGGGAGAAACCCUAUCAGUGUGCGGAAUGUGGAAAGAGCUUUAGUACAAACUCCGAUCUCACUAAGCAUCAGAGAAUUCAUACAGGGGAUAAACCAUACACUUGCUUGGAAUGUGGAAAGAGCUUCAGUCACAACUCCUCUCUCACUUCCCAUCAAAGAAUUCAUACAGGGGAGAAACCAUAUAAUUGCUUGGAAUGUGGAAAAAGCUUCAGUAAGAGCUCCAAUCUCAUGACCCAUCAGAGAAUUCACAGAGGGGAUAAACCCUAUCAGUGCGUGGAAUGUGGAAAGAGCUUCAUUACAAGCUUCUGUCUCACUUCCCAUCAAAGAAUUCAUACAGGCGAGAAACCCUAUCAGUGCGUGGAAUGCGGAAAGAGCUUCAGCUGUAGCUCUGCUCUCAGUUGCCAUCAGAGAAUUCAUACAGGGGAGAAACCCUAUCAGUGUGUGGAAUGUGGAAAGAGCUUCAGGAAGAGCUCUGACCUCACUUCCCAUCAAAGAAUUCAUACAGGGGAGAAACCCUAUAAUUGUGUGGAAUGUGGAAGGAACUUCAAGUGGAGCUCCAAUCUCACUUCCCAUCAGAUAAUUCAUACAGGGGAGAAACCAUACAAUUGCUUAGAAUGUGGAAAGAGCUUCAGUCACAACUUCUCUCUUACUUCCCAUCAAAGAAUUCAUACAGGGGAGAAACCCUAUAAGUGUGUGGAAUGUGGAAAGAGCUUCAGUACGAGCUCUGAUCUCACUAAGCAUCAGAGAAUUCAUACAGGGGAGAAACCCUAUAAGUGUGUGGCAUGUGGAAAGAGCUUCAGUGCCAGUUUCUCUCUCACUUCCCAUCAAAGAAUUCAUACAGGGGAGAAACCCUAUCAGUGCGUGGAAUGUGGAAAGAGCUUCAGUACAAGCUCCUAUCUCACUUCCCAUCAAAGAAUUCAUACAGGGGAGAAACCCUAUCAGUGCAUGGAAUGUGGAAAGAGCUUCAGUAGGAGCACUGAACUCACUUCCCAUCAAAGAAUUCAUAGAGGGGAGAAACCCUAUCAAUGUGUGGAAUGUGGAAAGAGCUUCACUAAUAGUUCAAAUCUCACUAAGCAUCGCAGAAUUCAUACAGGGGAGAAACCACAUCAGUUGAAAUGGUAUUGCAAGAGCUUCAGGAAGAGCUCUGAUCUCACUUGCCAUCAGAGAAUUCAUACAGGGGAGAAACCCUAUCACUGCAGGGAAUGUGGAAAGAGCUUCAGUCAGAGGGGCCAUCUCACUUCCCAUCAACUAAUUCAUACAGGGGAGAAACCCUAUCAGUGUUUGGAAUGUGGAAAGAGCUUCAGUACAAGCUCCAAUCUCACUUCCCAUCAACUAAUUCAUACAGGAGAGAAACCCUAUCAGUGUGUGGAAUGUGGAAGGAGCUUCAGUCAGAGUGGCCAUCUCACUUCUCAUCAAAGAAUACAUACAGGGGAGAAACCCUAUCAGUGUAUGGAAUGUGGAAAGAGCUUCAGUACGAGCUCCCUUCUCAAUUCACAUCAACUAAUUCAUACAGGAGAGAAACCCUAUCAGUGCUUGGAAUGUGGAAAAUCCUUCAGGAAGAGAGGCCACCUCACGUCCCAUCAACUAAUUCAUACAGGAGAGAAACCCUAUCAGUGCUUGGAAUGUGGAAAGAGCUUCAGUAGGAGCUCCCUUCUCAAUUCCCAUCAACUAAUUCAUACAGUGGAAAAACCCUAUCAGUGCUUGGAAUGUGGAAAGAGUUUUAAUCAGAGUGGCCAUCUCGCUUCCCAUAAAAUAAUUCAUACAGGGGAGAAACCCUAUCAGUGUGUGGAAUGUGGGAAAAGCUUCAGUACGAGCUCCCUUCUCAAUUCCCAUCAACUAAUUCAUAUAGAGGAGAAACCCUAUCAGUGCAUGGAAUGUGGAAAGACCUUCAGGAAGAGAGGCCAUCUCACUUCCCAUCAAGUAAUUCAUACAGGGGAAAAACCCUAUCACUGCCUGGAAUGUGGAAAGAGCUUCAGUAGGAGCUCCAAUCUCACUUCCCAUCAAAGACUUCAUACAGGGGAGAGACCCUAUCGGUGCAUGGAAUGUGGAAAGAGCUUCAGUAGGAGCUCUGAUCUCACUUCCCAUCAAAGAAUUCAUACGGGGGAGAAACCCUAUCAGUGUGGGGAAUGUGGAAAGAGCUUCCGUGACAAGAAGAUUCUCUCUUCUCAUCAACUAAUUCAUACAGGGGAGAAACCCUAUCAGUGUGUGGAAUGUGGAAAGAGCUUCAGGAGCAGCUCCUCUCUCACUUCCCAUCAAAGAAUUCACACAGGGGAGAAACCCUAUCAGUGCAGGGAAUGUGGAAAGAGCUUCCGCAAGAGUCACCAUCUCACUUCCCAUCAAAGAAUUCAUGGGAUGGGGAAACUCAAUCAGUGCAUGGAAUGUGGAAAAAGCUUCAGUCAGAGCUCCUCUCUCACUUCUCAUCAAAGAAUUCAUACAGGGGAGAAACCUUAUCAGUGUGUGGAAUGUGGAAAGAGCUUCAGGAAAAACUCCAAUCUCACUUCCCAUCAAAGAAUUCAUACAGGGGAGAAACCUUAUCAGUGUGUGGAAUGUGGAAAGAGCUUCAGGAAAAGCUCCAAUCUCACUUCCCAUCAAAGAAUUCAUACAGGGGAGAAACCCUAUCAGUGCGUUGAAUGUGGAAAGAGCUUCAGAACAAGCUCCAAACUCACUUCCCAUCAAAGAAUUCAUAUAGGGGAGAAACCCUAUCAGUGUGUGGAAUGUGGAAAGAGCUUCAGAACAAGCUCCAAACUCACUUCCCAUCAAAGAAUUCAUAUAGGGGAGAAACCCUAUCAGUGUGUGGAAUGUGGAAAGAACUUCACUUAUAGCUCCUCUCUCACUUCCCAUCGAAGAAUUCAUACAGGGGAGAAACCCUAUCAGUGUGCGGAAUGUGGAAAGAGAUUCAGUAGGAACAGCUCUCUCACAUCCCAUCAAAGAAUGCAUAGAGGGGAGAAACCCUAUCAGUGUGUGCAAUGUGGAAGGAGCUUCAGUAACAACCACCAUCUCAUGUCCCAUCAAAGAAUUCAUACAGGGGAGAAACCCUAUCAGUGUGUAGAAUGUGGAAAGAGCUACAGGAGGAACUCUGAUCUCACUUCUCAUCAAAGAAUGCAUAGAGGGGAGAAACCCUAUCAGUGUGUGGAAUGUGGAAAGAGCUUCACUUAUAGCUCCUCUCUCAUUUCCCAUCAAAGAAUUCAUACAGGGGAGAAACCCUAUCAGUGUGUGGAAUGUGGAAAGAGCUUCAGUAGGAGCACUGAACUCACUUCCCACCAGAGAAUUCAUACAGGGGAGAAACCCUAUCAGUGCAUGGAAUGUGGAAAGAGCUUCAGUAGGAGCACUGAACUCACUUGCCAUCAAAGAAUUCAUACAGGGGAGAAACCCUAUCAGUGUGUGGAAUGUGGAAAGAGCUUCACGUAUGGCUCCUCUCUCACUUCCCAUCAGAGAAUUCAUACAGGGGAGAAACCCUAUCAGUGUGUGGAAUGUGGAAAGAGCUUCACGUAUGGCUCCUCUCUCACUUCCCAUCAGAGAAUUCAUACAGGGGAGAAACCCUAUCAGUGUGUGGAAUGUGGAAAGAGCUUCAGUCACAGCCACAGUCUCACAUCCCAUCAAAGAAUUCAUACCGGGGAGAAACCCUAUCAGUGUGUGGAAUGUGGAAAGAGCUUCAUUCAUAGCUCCAAACUCACUUCCCAUCAAAGAAUUCAUACUGGGGAGAAACCCUAUCAGUGUGUGGAAUGUGGAAAGAGCUUUAGUCACAGCCACAGUCUCACUUACCAUCAAAGAAUUCAUUCUGGGAAGAAACCCUAUCAGUGCAUGGAAUGUGGAAAGAGAUUCAGUCAAAAGGUCAAUCUCACUUCCCAUCAAAGAAUUCAUAUAGGGGAGAAACCCUAUGAGUGCGAGGAAUGUGGAAAAAGCUUCAGGAAUAGCUCAAAACUCACCCAUCAAAGAAUUCAUACAGGGGAGAAGCCCUAUCAGUGUGGGGAAUGUGGAAAGAGCUUCACUCACAGCCACAAUCUCACUUCCCAUCAAAGAAUUCAUACAGGGGAGAAACCCUAUCAGUGUGUGGAAUGUGGAAAGAGCUUCACUGAAAGCUCCUCUCUCACUUCCCAUCAAAGAAUUCAUACAGGGGAGAAACCCUAUCAGUGUGUGGAAUGUGGAAAGAGCUUCAGUCGGAGCUCCGAUCUCACUUCCCAUCAAAGAAUUCAUACAGGGGAGAAACCCUAUCAGUGUGUGGAAUGUGGAAAGAGCUUCACUGAUAGCUCCACUCUCACUUACCAUCAGAGAAUUCAUACAGGGGAGAAACCCUAUCCAUGUGUGGAAUGUGGAAAGAGCUUCAGUAGGAGCUCCUCUCUCAGUUUCCAUCAAAUAAUUCAUACAGGGGAGAAACCCUAUCAGUGUGUGGAAUGUGGAAAGAGCUUCAGUCACAGCAGCAGUCUGACUCGCCAUCACAGAAUUCAUACAGGGGAGAAACCCUAUCAGUGUGUGGAAUGUGGAAAGAGCUUCAGUUUCAACCACCAUCUCACUUCCCAUCAGAGAAUUCAUACAGGGGAGAAACCCUAUCAGUGUGUGGAAUGUGGAAAGACCUUCAGUCAGAGCCACAAUCUCACUUCCCAUCAAAGAAUUCAUAGAGGGGAGAAACCCUAUCAGUGUGUGGAAUGUGGAAAGACCUUCAGUCAGAGCCACAAUCUUACUUCCCAUCAAAGAAUUCAUACAGGGGAGAAACCCUAUCAGUGUGUGGAAUGUGGAAAGAGCUUCACUCACAGCGACAAUCUCACUUCCCAUCAAAGAAUUCAUACAGGGGAGAAGCCCUAUCAGUUUGGGGAAUGUGAAAAGAGCUUCAGUACAAGCUCCUCUCUGAGUUCCCAUCAAAGAAUUCAUACAGGGGAGAAACCCUAUCAGUGUGUGGAAUGUGGAAAGAGCUUCAGGAGGUGCUCGUCUCUCAUACCACUGGGUGACCAUGACAAAAUCCACACAAUGGAGAAGCUGAAUAAAUAUCUUGAAUGUGGGGAAAGUUCCUAUUCCACUUCCCAUCAAAGAAAUCACAUUGGGAAGAAAGCAUAUCAGUGUGUGGAAUGUGGAAAGAGCUUCAGGAAGAGCUCGCAUCUUUCUUCCCAUCAAAGAAUUCAUACAGGGGAGAAACCCUAUCAGUGUGUGGAAUGUGGAAAGUGUUUCAGGCAGAGAGCCCAUCUCUCUUCCCAUCAAAGAAUUCAUACAGGGGAGAAACCCUAUCAGUGUGUGGAAUGUGGAAAGUGUUUCAGUCAGAGAGCCAAUCUGUCUUCCCAUCAAAUAAUUCAUACAGGGGAGAAACCCUAUCAGUGUGUGGAACGUGGUAAGAGCUUCACUGAAAGCUCCAAACUCACUUCCCAUCAAAGAAUUCAUACAUGGGAGAAACCCUAUCAGUGUGGGGAAUGUGGAAAGAGCUUCAGUAAGAAAUACAGUCUCACUUCCCAUCAAAGAAUUCAUACAGGGGAGAAACCCUAUCAGUGUGUGGAAUGUGGAAAGAGCUUUAGUCAGAGCACCAGUCUCACUUCCCAUCAAAGAAUUCAUACAGGGGAGAAACCUUAUCAGUGUGUGGAAUGUGGAAAGAGCUUCAGUCAGAGAGCCAGUCUCACUUCCCAUCAAAGAAUUCAUACAGGGGAGAAACCCUAUCAGUGUGUGGAAUGUGGAAAAAGCUUUAGUCAGAGUGCCAGUCUCACUUUCCAUCAAAGAAUUCAUACAGGGGAAAAUCCCUAUCAGUGUGUGGAAUGUGGAAAAGGCUUCAGUACAAGCUCCUAUCUCACUUCUCAUGAAAGAAUUCAUACAGGGAAGAAACCCUAUCAGUGUGCGGAAUGUGGAAAGAGUUUCAGUCACAGCCACAGUCUCAUUUCCCAUCAAAGAAUUCAUACAGGGGAGAAACCCUAUCAGUGUGGGGAAUGUGGAAAGAGCUUUACUCACAGCAGCAGUCUCACUUCCCAUCAGAGAAUUCAUACAGGAGAGAAACCCUAUCAGUGUGUGGAAUGUGGAAAGAGCUUCAGGAAAAGCUCGCAUCUUUCUUCCCAUCAAAGAAUUCAUACAGGGGAGAAACCCUAUCAGUGUGGGGAAUGUGGAAAGAGCUUCAGGAACAGCUCUCAUCUCACUUUGCAUCAGAGAAUUCAUACAAGAGAGAACUAUCAGUGUGUGGAAUGUGGAAACAGCUUCAGUAACAGCCGCAAUCUCACUUCCCAUCGAAGAAUUCAUACAGGGGAGAAACCCUAUCAGUGUGUGGAAUGUGGAAAGAGCUUCAGUAAGAAAUACAGUCUCACUUGCCAUCAAAGAAUUCACACAGGGGAGAAACCCUAUCAGUGUUUGGAAUGUGGAAAAAGCUUCACUGAUAGCUUGAAACUCACUUCCCAUAAAAGAAUCCAUACAAAGAAACCCUAUCAGUGCAUGGAAUGUGGAAAGAGCUUCAGUCAAAAGGUCAAUCUCACUUCCCAUCAAAGAAUUCAUACAGGGGAGAAACCCUAUCAGUGUGUGGAAUGUGGAAAGAGCUUCAGUAAGAGCUGCAAUCUCACUUCCCAUCAAAGAAUUCAUACAGGGGAGAAACCCUAUCAGUGUGUGGAAUGUGGAAAGUGCUUCCGUCAGACCGCCAGUCUCACUUCCCAUCAAAGAAUUCAUACAGGGGAAAAUCCCUAUCAGUGUGUGGAAUGUGGAAAAGGCUUCCGUCAGACCGCCAGUCUCACUUCCCAUGAAAGAAUUCAUACAGGGGAGAAACCCUAUCAGUGUGUGGAAUGUGGAAAGAGCUUCACUAAUAGCUCCGAUCUCACUUCCCAUCAAAGAAUUCAUACAGGGGAGAAACCCUAUCAGUGUGUGGAAUGUGGAAAAGGCUUCCGUCAGGGCUCCCAUCUUUCUUCCCAUCAAACAAUUCAUACAGGGGAGAAACCCUAUCAGUGUGUGGAAUGUGGAAAGUGUUUCAGUCAGAGAGCCAAUCUCUCAUACCAUCAAAGAAUUCAUACAGGGGAGAAACCCUAUCAGUGUGUGGAAUGUGGAAAGAGCUUCAGUAAGAAAUACAGUCUCACUUGCCAUCAAAGAAUUCACACAGGGGAGAAACCCUAUCAGUGUGUGGAAUGUGGAAAGAGCUUUAGUCGCAGCAGCAAUCUCACUUCCCAUCAAAGAAUUCAUACAGGGGAGAAACCAUAUCAGUGUGCGGAAUGUGGAAAAAGCUUCAGUCAGAGCAUCAGUCUCACUUUCCAUCAAAGAAUUCAUACAGGGGAGAAACCAUAUCAGUGUGCGGAAUGUGGAAAGAGUUUCAGUCACAGCCACAGUCUCCUUUACCAUCAAAGAAUUCAUACAGGGGAGAAACCCUAUCAGUGUGUGGAAUGUGGAAAGAGCUUCACUAAUAGCUCCGAUCUCACUUCCCAUGAAAGAAUUCAUACAGGGCAGAAACCCUAUCAGUGUGUGGAAUGUGGAAAAGGCUUCCGUCAGGGCUCCCAUCUUUCUUUCCAUCAAAGAAUUCAUACAGGGGAGAAACCCUAUCAGUGUGUGGAAUGUGGAAAGUGUUUCAGUCAGAGAGCCAAUCUCUCUUCCCAUCAAAGAAUUCAUACAGGGGAGAAACCCUAUCAGUGUGUGGAAUGUGGAAAGAGCUUCAGUAAGAAAUACAGUCUCACUUGCCAUCAAAGAAUUCACACAGGGGAGAAACCCUAUCAGUGUUUGGAAUGUGGAAAAAGCUUCACUGAUAGCUCCUCUCUCACUUCCCAUCAGAGAAUUCAUACAGGGGAGGAACCCUAUCAGUGUGUGGAAUGUGGAAAGAGCUUCAGGAGGAGCUCCAAUCUCACUUCCCAUCAAAGAAUUCAUAAAGGGGAGAAACCAUAUCAGUGCUUUGAAUGUGGAAAGAGGUUCACUGGAAGCUCCUCUCUCAAUUCCCAUCAAAGAAUUCAUACAGGGGAGAAACCCUAUCAGUGUGUGGAAUGUGGAAAGCGCUUCAGGAGGAGCUCCCAUCUCACUUCCCAUCAAAGAAUUCAUACAGGGGAGAAACCCUAUCAGUGCAUGGAAUGUGGAAAGAGCUUCAGUCAGCGCUCCAAUCUCACUUCCCAUCAAAGAAUUCAUACAGGGGAGAAACCCUAUCAGUGUGGGGAAUGUGGAAAAAGCUUCAGUCAGAGCGCCAGUCUCACUUUCCAUCAAAGAAUUCAUACAGGGGAGAAGCCAUAUCAGUGUGUGGAAUGUGGAAAGACUUUCAGUCGGAGCUCCUCUCUCACUUCCCAUCACAGAAUUCAUACAGGGGAGAAACCCCAUCAGUAUGUGGAAUGCGGAAAGAGCUUCACUGAUAGCUCCUCUCUCACUUACCAUCAGAGAAUUCAUACAGGGGAGAAACCCUAUCAGUGUGUGGAAUGUGGAAAGAGCUUCACUUAUAGCUCCUCUCUCACUUACCAUCAGAGAAUUCAUACAGGGGAGAAACCCUAUCAGUGUGUGGAAUGUGGAAAGAGCUUCAGUCAGAGUGCCCAUCUCACUUCCCAUCAAAGAAUUCAUACAGAGGAGAAACCCUAUCAGGGUGUGGAAUGUGGAAAGAGCUUCACUCAUAGCUCCUCUCUCACUUCGCAUCAAAGAAUUCAUACUGGGGAGAAACCCUAUCAGGGUUGUGUGGAUUGUGGAAAGAGCUUCAGUCACAGCAGCAGUCUCACUUCCCAUCAGAGAAUUCAUACAGAGGAGAAACCCUAUCAGUGUGUGGAAUGUGGAAAGAGCUUCAGGAGGAGCACCGAACUCACUUCCCAUCAAAGAAUUCAUACAGGGGAGAAACCCUAUCAGUGCUUUGAAUGUGGAAAGAGCUUCAGUCACAGCCACCAUCUCACUUCCCAUCAGAGAAUUCAUACAGGGGAGAAACCCUAUCAGUGCUUUGAAUGUGGAAAGAGCUUCAGGAGGAGCACCGAACUCACUUCCCAUCAAAGAAUUCAUACAGGGGUGAAACCCUAUCAGUGUGUGGAAUGUGGAAAGAGCUUCACUCAUAGCUCCUCUCUCACUUCGCAUCAAAGAAUUCAUACUGGGGAGAAACCCUAUCAGUGUGUGGAAUGUGGAAAGAGCUUCACUGAAAGCUCCAAUCUCACUUCGCAUCAAAGAAUUCAUACAGGGGAGAAACCCUAUCAGUGUGUGGAAUGUGGAAAGAGCUUCAGGAGGAGCACCGAACUCACUUCCCAUCAAAGAAUUCAUACAGGGGAGAAACCCUAUCAGUGUGUGGAAUGUGGAAAGAGCUUCACUGAAAGCUCCAAUCUCACUUCCCAUCAAAGAAUUCAUACAGGGGAGAAACCCUAUCAGUGUGUGGAAUGUGGAAAGAGCUUCAGUCAGAGCUCCUCUCUCACUUUCCAUCAAAGAAUUCAUACGAAGAGAAAUCUCAUUAGGAAGAAACCCUAUCACUGUGUGGAAUGUGGAAAGAGCUUCAGGAACAGCUCCGAUCUCACUUACCAUCAAAGAAUUCAUACAGGGGAGAAACCCUAUCAGUGUGUGGAAUGUGGAAAGAGCUUCAGAAAUAUCUCCUCUCUCACUUCCCAUCAAAGAAUUCAUACAGGGGAGAAACCCUAUCAGUGUGUGGAAUGUGGAAAGAGCUUCACUGAUAGCUCCUCUUUCACUUCCCAUCAAAGAAUUCAUACAGGGGAGAAACCCUAUCAGUGUGUGGAAUGUGUAAAGAGCUUCAGUCAUAUCUCCUCUUUCACUUCCCAUCAAAGAAUUCAUACAGGGGAGAAACCCUAUCAGUGUGUGGAAUGUGGAAAGAGCUUCAGUCAGAGAGCCAAUCUCACUAAGCAUGAAAGAAUUCAUACAGGGGAGAAACCCUAUCAGUGUGUGGAAUGUGGAAAGAGUUUCAGUCAGAGAGUCAAUCUCACUAAGCAUGAAAGAAUUCAUACACUGCACAUUCAGUGUGCAGAAUGUGGAAAAAGCUUUGGUCAGAGCUCCCAUCUCACUAAGCAUCAAAGAAUUCAUACAGGGGAGAAACCCUAUCAGUGUGUGGAAUGUGGAAAGAGCUUCAGUAGGAACACCGAUCUCACUUCCCAUCAGAGAAUUCAUACAGGGGAGAAACCCUAUCAGUGUGGGGAAUGUGGAAGGAGCUUCAGUAGGAACACCGAUCUCACUUCCCAUCAGAGAAUUCAUACAGGGGAGAAACCCUAUCAGUGUGGGGAAUGUGGAAAGAGCUUCAGUAGGAACACCGAUCUCACUUCCCAUCAGAGAAUUCAUACAGGGGAGAAACCCUAUCAGUGUGUGGCAUGUGGAAAGAGCUUCAGUAUAAACUCUAAUCUCACUAGGCAUCAGAGAAUUCAUACAGGAGGAAAACCCUAGCAGUGUGUGGAAUGUGGAAAGAGCUUCACUGAUAGCUCCAGUCUCACUUCCCAUCACAGAAUUCAUACAGGUGAGAAACCCUAUGAAUGCUUGGAAUGUGGAAAGAGCUUCAGGAGGAGCUGUAAUCUCACUUCCCAUCAAAGAAUCCAUACAAAUUUUAAACCCUAUCAGUGCUUUGAAUGUGGAAAGAGCUUUAGUCAGAGCCACAGUCUAACUUCCCAUCAAAGAAUUCACAUAGGGGAGAAACCCCAUCAGUGUGUGGAAUGUGGAAAGAGCUUUAGGAGGAGCUCACAUCUUUCUGCCCAUCAAAGAAUUCACAUAGGGGAGAAACCCUAUCAGUGUGGGGAAUGUGGAAAGAGCUUCACUCACAGCCACAAUCUUACUUCCCAUCAAAGGAUUCAUACAGGGGAGAAACCCUAUCAGUGUGUGGAAUGUGGAAAGAGCUUCAGUCAGAGCUCCUCUCUCACUUCCCAUCAAAGAAUUCAUACAGGGGAGAAACCCUAUCAGUGUGGGGAAUGUGGAAAGAGCUUCAGGAAGAGCUCCAAUCUUACUUCCCAUCAAAGGAUUCAUACAGGGGAGAAACCCUAUCAGUGUGGGAAAUGUGAAAAGAGCUUCACUCACAGCCACAGUCUCACUUCCCAUCAAAGGAUUCAUCAUACAGGGGAGAAACCCUAUCAGUGUGUGGAAUGUGGAAAGAGCUUCAGUACCAGCUCCAAUCUCAAUUCCCAUCAAAGAAUUCAUACAGGGGAUAAACCAUAUCAGUGCUUUGAAUGUGGAAAGAGCUUCAGUGAGAACGCCUCUCUCAAUUCCCAUCAAAGAAUUCAUACAGGGGAGAAACCCUAUCAGUGUGGGGAAUGUGGAAAGAGCUUCAGGCAGAGCUCCAAUCUCACUUCCCAUCAGAGAAUUCAUACAGGGGAGAAACCCUACCAGUGUGGGGAAUGUGGAAAGAGCUUCAGUCACAGCUACAGUCUCACUUCCCAUGAAAGAAUUCAUACGAAGAGAAAUCUCAUUAGGAAGAAACCCUAUCAGUGUGUGGAAUGUGGAAAGAGCUUCAGUCAGAGCUCCCAUCUCACUUCCCAUCGGAGAAUUCAUACAGGGGAGAAACCAUAUCAGUGUGUGGAAUGUGGAAAGAGCUUCACUCACAGCCACCAUCUCACUUCCCAUCAGAGAAUUCAUACAGGGGAGAAACCGUAUCAGUGUGUGGAAUGUGGAAAGAGCUUCAGUACGAGCUCCUCUCACACUUCCCAUCAAAGAAUUCAUACAGGGGAGAAACCCUAUCAGUGCAUGGAAUGUGGAAAGAGCUUCAAUCACACCCACAGUCUCACUAAGCAUCAGAGAAUUCAUACAAGGGAGAAACCCUAUCAGUGUGUGAAAUGUGGAAAGAGCUUCAGUCAGAGCUCCUCUCUCACUGCCCAUCAAAGAAUUCAUACAGGGGAGAAACCCUAUCAGUGCAUGGAAUGUGGAAAGAGCUUCACUCACAGCCACAGUCUCACUUCCCAUCAAAUAAUUCAUACAGGGGAGAAACCUUACCAGUGCUUAGAAUGUGGAAAGAAUUUUAGUCAGAGCGCCGGUCUCACUUCCCAUCAAAGAAUUCAUACAGGGGAGAAACCUUACCAGUGCUUAGAAUGUGGAAAGAACUUCAGUCAGAGCACCGGGCUCACUUUCCAUCAGAGAAUUCAUACAGGGGAGAAACCAUAUAAUUGCUUGGAAUGUGGAAAGAGCUUCAUUCACAGGGCUCAUCUCACUUCCCAUCAGAGAAUUCAUACAGGGGAGAAACCCUAUCAGUGCUUUGAAUGUGGAAAGAGCUUCACUCACAGCCACCAUCUCACUUCACAUCAGAGAAUUCAUACAGGGGAGAAACCCUAUCAGUGUGUGGAAUGUGGAAAGAGCUUCAGGAAGAGGUCCGAUCUCACUAGGCAUCAGAGAAUUCAUACAGGGGAGAAGCCCUAUCAGUGUGUGGAAUGUGGAAAAAGCUUCAGUCAGAGCGCCAGUCUCACUUCCCAUCAAAGAAUUCAUACAGGGCAGAAACCCUAUCAUUGUGUGGAAUGUGGAAAAAACUUCAGUCAGAGCUCCAUUCUCACUUCCCAUCAAAGAAUUCAUACAGGGGAGAAACCCUAUCAGUGUGUGGAAUGUGGAAAGAGCUUCAGUACGAGCUCUGAUCUCACUAAGCAUCAGAGAAUUCAUACAAGGGAGAAACCCUAUCAGUGUGUGGAAUGUGGAAAAAGCUUCAGGAAAAGCUCCAAUCUCACUUUCCAUCAAAGAAUUCAUACGAAAGAAAAGAAACCCUACCAGUGCAUGGAAUGUGGAAACAGCUUCAGUCAGUGCUCCUCUCUCACUUCCCAUCAAAGAAUUCAUACAGGGGAGAAACCGUAUCAGUGUGUGGCAUGUGGAAAGAGCUUCAGUCAGAGCUCCAAUCUCACUUGCCAUCAAAGAAUUCAUACGGGGGAGAAACCCUAUCAGUGUGUGGAAUGUGGCAAGAGCUUCAGUCAGUGCUCCUCUCUCACUUCCCAUCACAGAAUUCAUACAGGGGAGAAACCCUAUCAGUGCUUUGAAUGUGGAAAGAGCUUUAGGAAGAGCUCCCAUCUCACUUCCCAUCAAAGAAUUCAUACAGGGGAGAAACCCUAUCAGUGCAUGGAAUGUGGAAAGAGCUUCAUGGAUAGCUCCUCUCUCACUUCCCAUCACAGAAUUCAUACAGGGGAGAAACCCUAUCAGUGCAUGGAAUGUGGAAAGAGCUUCAGUACAAAGGACUCUCUCAUAUCUCAUCAAAGAAUUCAUACAGGAGAGAAACCCUAUCAGUGUGUGGAAUGUGGAAAGAGCUUCAGUCAGAGCUCACAUCUUACUUCCCAUCAAAGAAUUCAUACAGGGGAGAAACCCUAUCAGUGCAUGGAAUGUGGAAAGAGCUUUAGUACAAAGGACUCUCUCAUAUCUCAUCAAAGAAUUCAUACAGGGGAGAAACCCUAUCAGUGUGUGGAAUGUGGAAAGAGCUUUAGUCAGAGCUGCAGUCUCACUUCCCAUCAAAGAAUUCAUAUGGGGGAGAAACCCUAUCAGUGUGUGGAAUGUGGAAAGAGCUUCAGUACCAGCUCCAAACUCACUAUCCAUCAAAGAAUUCAUACAGGGGAGAAACCCUAUCAGUGCUUUGAAUGUGGAAAGAGCUUCAGGGAGAGCUCCUUUCUCACUUCCCAUCAGAGAAUUCAUACAGGAGAGAAACCAUAUCAGUGCAUGGAAUGUGGAAAGAGCUUCUGUCAGAGAUCCAAUCUCACUUCUCAUCAAAAAACUCAUACCGGGAAGAAACCCUAUCAGUGUGUGGAAUGUGGAAAGAGCUUUAGUCAGAGCUCCCAUCUCACUUCCCAUCAGAGAAUUCAUACAGGGGAGAAACCCUAUCAGUGCUUUGAAUGUGGAAAGAGCUUCACUCACAGCCACCAUCUCACUUCCCAUCAGAGAAUUCAUACAGGGGAGAAACCCUAUCAGUGUAUGGAAUGUGGAAAGAGCUUCAGUACAAGCUCCUCUCUCACUUCCCAUCAAAGAAUUCAUACAGGGGAGAAACCCCAUCAGUGCAUGGAAUGUGGAAAGAGCUUCAAUCACACCCACAGUCUCACUAAGCAUCAGAGAAUUCAUACAAGGGAGAAACCCUAUCAGUGUGGGGAAUGUGGAAAGAGCUUCAGUCAGAGCUCCUCUCUCACUUCCCAUCAAAGAAUUCAUACAGGGGAGAAACCCUAUCAGUGCAUGGAAUGUAGAAAGAGCUUCACUCACAACCACAGUCUCACUUUCCAUCAGAGAAUUCAUACAGGGGAGAAACCAUAUCAGUGCUUAGAAUGUGGAAAGAAUUUUAGUCAGAGCACCGGUCUCACUUCCCAUCAAAGAAUUCAUACAGGGGAGAAACCAUAUCAGUGCUUAGAAUGUGGAAAGAACUUCAGUCAGAGCACCGGUCUCACUUUCCAUCAGAGAAUUCAUACAGGGGAGAACCCAUAUAAUUGCUUGGAAUGUGGAAAGAGCUUCAUUCACAGGGCUCAUCUCACUUCCCAUCAGAGAAUUCAUACAGGGGAGAAACCCUAUCAGUGCUUCGAAUGUGGAAAGAGCUUCACUCACAGCCACCAUCUCACUUCCCAUCAGAGGAUUCAUACAGGGGAGAAACCCUAUCAGUGUGUGGAAUGUGGAAAGAGCUUCAGGAAGAGCUCCGAUCUCACUAGGCAUCAGAGAAUUCAUACAGGGGAGAAACCCUAUCAGUGUGUGGAAUGUGGAAAGAGCUUCAGUCAGAGCGCCAGUCUCACUUCCCAUCAAAGAAUUCAUACAGGGCAGAAACCCUAUCAUUGUGUGGAAUGUGGAAAAAGCUUCAGUCAGAGCUCCAUUCUCACUUCCCAUCAAAGAAUUCAUACAGGUGAGAAACCCUAUCAGUGUGUGGAAUGUGGAAAGAGCUUCAGUACGAGCUCUGAUCUCACUAAGCAUCAGAGAAUUCAUACAAGGGAGAAACCCUAUCAGUGUGUGGAAUGUGGAAAAAGCUUCAGGAAAAGCUCCAAUCUCACUUUCCAUCAAAGAAUUCAUACAAAAGAGUGGAAAACCCUUUGUUAUACAGCUUUCAGCACUAGAGAAAAACACACCACUUUAAACAAGCCUUUGGCUAAUUGACAUCUAAUGCCCUUUUAAAAUGUGGUGGGGAGGUGGGGGUUACAGGUUUUGGGGGCAGUGUGUUUUGUGUUUUCAUUGUGUGAUUUUAUGUUGUAACCAUCCUGUGACCUGUGGGUGUAGGGCAUGGGAGCCAACUCUUAGAGUCUGAGGGCUCUUUGCCCCCCAAUAAGAUAUGUGAGGGGGCCACCCCCCCAGUUCAUAGGAAUAGCCAUUAAAAUGGCAUGCUUGCACCGCAUCCUGUGACUGUUUAACCGAGGUGGGGCUUAAUAAACCCCUCCUAUAUUUUAUUCAAGUUGGCACCCCUGCUAUAGGGCGCUAUAGAAGUCAAAUAAAUGCAUAAAUAAAACAAAAC